AUGAAGACACUUACGAGACUUACUGCAUUUUCCGGUGUCCUGUCGUCAUUCGCAGCCCACUCUCUCGCCAAACAGGCCCAGUUCUACGAGAAAUCGGAGAACUAUGGCGUUGCCAUAUCUUCUACGGGCAACAACGGCAACGUCAACGCCGGAGAGUUCAGCAUGCAGAUAUCGGCGCCCGUCUCCUACGGCUGGGCGGCGGUAGGCACGGGAAACCACAUGCAUGACGCCCUCAUGUUCAUUAUAUAUCCUUCUGCCGACGGCGAUGACGUCACGCUCAGCGUGAGAACCACGAGCGGCCACGACACGCCAGAGCCCGCGUCAGGCGUUAAUGCAACCGUGCUAAGCUCCGAGGUCGAGAACGGGAAGAUGACAGCAACCAUACAGUGGCACCAGAGCUCGUCAAGCCACAAGUUCAACAAAGUCGAUGUCACAGACACGAAACAGCCGUGGAUAUGGGCGGUCGGGCCGAGCAAGCAAGUCCGCUCAAACUCCAUCAAUGCAGACAUCAACCAGCAUUCACAUUACGGUGUUUUCUUCGUCGACAUGACCGCGACGCAGAACGCAGUAUCCACCGUCCCCAAAAUCUCAGGCACGUCGAGUGUCUCGGCAGAAGGCCAGCCCGAGUACUACCACGCCCUCGUAUAUUCACACGCGAUCCUCCUGGGCGGAGCAUUCGUCAUUGUCUUCCCCGUGGGAGUCCUCGGCCUGCGAUGGAGAUGGACGAUCGCGUUCAAGGUGCACUGGAUACUGCAACUCUUCGCCACGGUUGGAGCAUACCUCGGCCUGGCGGCCGCAGUCUUCAUGAGCAUCAACGGUAUUGAGUACGCGGCGUUCAACCAGACCCACCAGAUCCUGGGGAUCUGCGUCGUCGCCGUCCUCUCCGUUCAGGUCAUCAUGGGCUACAUCCACCACGUCAACUACAAAAGGUUCGGCCGCCGCACGGCUCCCUCGUAUUUCCACAUUUGGCUCGGGCGCGUCCUCAUCUAUGGGGGCAUGGUCAAUGCGAUUCUGGGCGCACUGCUCAGCGACAAUACUGGCAUCGCCGCCGCAGUCGGUAUCGUCUCGGUCGUGCUGGCCGUGGGUCUCGAGCUCAUGGCGUUCCGCCACCGUCGACAGCACAGCAGACAGCUCAGCGGAGUAAGAUACUCGGCGAAGGAUGACUCGACCAUCGCUCUCAACAGUAUGCAAGAAGAUCUCUAG